AUGGCGAUCUCGUUAACCGGCGUUGCCAUCCUGCUGUUGGCUCUGUUGUAUGGCGCCGCUGCCGCCACUCAGCCAGGGUACAGCUGCGACUGCUCCUCGCGCAACAACUGCAUGUGCCCCAGCAAUGAGGCGCCCGGCGGGAUGGAGCUCAAGGACGUGCCACAGUUCAUCCUGUGGACGCAUGACGACGGCAUCACGCCGCUGACGGAGCGGUCGUUCCGGGAGGUGGCUGAUGAGCGUCAGAACCCCAACGGCUGCCCCGUGCGCACAACCAUGUUCACCACCGCUCAAGCCACAGACUGCGAGCUGGCCUACGGCAUGUGGAAGGACGGGUACGAGAUUGCCACCCACACCGCCGACCACACCUCGCUGCCAGACGGCACGCCGCUCAACGAGACAGUGGAUGCCAUCCUGGGCGCCAAGCGCUUCCUCAGCCAGGAGUGCGGCAUCCCGGCCUCCGACAUCCGCGGCUUCCGUAACCCAUACCUCGUCACCAACCCGCUCGUGCGCCAGGUGCUGUUCGAGAAUGGGUUCCUCUACGACAGCACGCUGCUUGAGGCCACCAACAGCGAGUCGCUUUCCACCUCGAUGGAGGACCGGACCUGGCCCUACACAAUGGACUAUGGCAUCGCCCAGAACUGCGCCUGGUUUGCGGACACCCAGGCCUGCGAUAAGUCGGAGCGCUGGCCAGGGCUGUGGGAGGUCCCACUGUGGGUGCUGCAGGUGCUGGGCCUGGAGUUCACGAUGGAUCCGGGCUACUAUGGCGGCCGGGGCGUGUAUGAGCCUCUGAAGGAGGCCUUUGACGCCGCCUACGCCGGCAACCGCGCCCCCGUGCCCAUCUACAUCCACACCACAUGGGUGGAGAAGCAGCCCGAGCGGCUGGAGGAGCUGAAGCGGUUUGCAGACUACACUCUUGACAAGGGCGACGUGUUCUGGGUGACCAUGAGCCAACUGAUCGAGUGGAUGAGGAACCCUGUGCCCGCCUCGCAGCUGAGCAAGGCCAUGUGCGCACGGCCGGCGGCGGCGGCGGCGCCGCCGGCCAUGCCGGCCGAUGGUGCCAACGUCACGCUUACCUUGAACGGCGCCACGGCGACGCAAGUGGCUGACCAGUCCGACCGUCUGGUGGCGGCGGUGGCGCAGCUGCUGGGCGCAGAAUCAGACGACACGUUUGUGGCGGCUACAAGCGGCGGGCCCGGUGCGAGCAAGGCUGCUGGCGCCCAGCGCAGGCUGCUGGCCCAGGCGGGCAGCCCCCUGCAGGUCACUGUGGUGGCUGCCGGCGCCGACCCUCUCGCCCUCUACUGGCACGCCAGUGCUGCCAACACGCAGGCAGCUCUGGAUGGGGAGCUGUCUGUCAUGGGUCUGCAGACGGAGGGCAAGCCUGUGGUGGUGCCUUUCAAGGGCGGCGUGGCGCUGUCGGUUGCGUCCGCUCCGGCCCCGGCUCCUGUGCCGGUACCCAAGCCCGCCGCCGUGCCUCUGCCCAGGGCAGCCCCUGCCGCAACCCCCGCCGCAGCCUCGGGCACGGCAGCGGCUGCUGGCGGUGCUGACGAUGCCACCACCAGCACUCCCACCGCCGCCAGCGACCUACCGCCCAGCAGCAGCAGCAGCAGCACCCCCGCUGCUCCCACCGCCAGCAGCACCCCGGCUCCCGCCACCAUGGAAGCGGUGGACACCAGCGGCUCUGGGGGCCUGAGCACGGGGGUGAUUGUGGGCAUUGCGGUGGGCGCCGUGGCGAUGGCCCUCCUGCUGGCCGCCAUCGCCGCGUUCCUGCUCACCUCGCGGCCGCGCCGCUCGCACAGCGCCAAGAUGUCUGCCGCCUCGAGCAUCGUGGACGAGACCCCCCAGGGCUCCCCCACCAAGGGCUCACCCAUCAAGGGCUCUCCCAUCAAGGGCUCCCCCACCAAGCAGGACACCCCCCGCCAGCUCAACAUCAUCGUCACCUCUGCUUAG